AUGACGACUCGAGAGGCAGCCGUUCGAAGCUCGCACAAGCUCACACUACCGCUAAGUAGCGCGCAGUUCGACAUGGGGGUGACUUUGGGCACCGGAUCCUUCGGUCGUGUUCGCUUUGCGACGCAUACAGGCACCAACACGUACUGCGCGAUCAAGAUCCUCAAGAAGGCUGAGAUCAUUCGACUGCAGCAAGUCGAGCACAUGCUGUCGGAAAAGGCGAUCCUGCAAUGUUUGGACCACCCGUUCAUCGUGAACUUGGUCGGCACGUACCAAGAUACGAGGUACUUGUACAUGGUGCUCGAGUACGUGGUCGGCGGCGAGUUUUUCACGCACCUCCGGAAAGUCGGACGCUUUGACAACAACGCAGCCAAGUUUUACGCCGCACAGGUCGUGUCGGUCUUCGAGUACAUGCACAGUCAGGAUUUCAUCUACCGCGACUUGAAGCCCGAGAACUUGCUGCUCGACAACCAGGGCUACAUCAAGAUCACAGACUUUGGCUUUGCUAAGAGAGUGACGUUCAAGACGUACACGCUCUGCGGAACACCCGAGUACAUUGCACCAGAAGUGCUGCUGAACAAAGGACACGGCAAAGGUGUGGACUGGUGGACGUUGGGGAUCUUGCUCUACGAGAUGCUUGCAGGUCAGCCGCCGUUCUACGACGAGGACCCGAUGGGUAUUUACCAGCAGAUUCUGUCCGGCAAGAUCAACUUCCCGCGUUUCUUCGAUCGCAACGCCAAGGGACUUAUCAAGCGGAUGCUUACAGCCGAUCUCACAAAACGAUACGGAUGUCUGCGGAAUGGCGCCGACGACAUCAAGAAGCACAAGUUCUUUGCUGGUGUGAAUUGGGAGGACCUGUUAGCACGAAGGUGUGCAGCCCCAAUUAUACCUCGUGUCGGCUCAGCUAGCGAUACAUCCAAUUUUGAAUCGUACCCGGAAUCUACGGAGGAUGCGAUGGUUCCCGUUUACAACGGCGGGGAUCCGUUUGUCGACUUUUAA